AGGUGGUCCAUGAUCUGAGUGCUGAAAAAAAGACAAAAACUGACAAAAACAGAGGCUUUCUUUUCUUCUGUUUUACCAUUUUUCAAAAAAAUAAGUGAUUAAAUGGCUAUUUGUACUGAUAUUCAGUAUCCAUUGUGAAUACUUACUUACUUGUUGCUGUAGAUUGCAAAAACCUUUAAUAUGUGUUCUGAAAUGCCCAAGGAGUUUCAGAAGACAACAGAAGUAUUACCGUUUACGAAUUAUGGAUUGUCCACAGUCGAGGAAUUCCGGAAAGUUGAAACUGAUAUACAGCAUUUAGAAUAUUUAAAGAAGAUUGGUCUAUCCAAUGAAGAGAUAAAAUUGUACCAAGAAAACGAGGCAGGUCUCUUAGAACAGCGUAAUAAGAUCGAGUCAAGUAUAUUGAAGACAAAGCUGAAGGCCUUGUAUAAUAAGAUUAAUGAUUCACAAAAUGUAGCCGGAAGCUCCAAAUCUUCCAUUGACACACCAAGCACAUCCACCGCUCAACAAAAUGAAACAAUCAGUAGAAUACACAAACCAUCAAAAUUCUACGCUCCGGGGCAUCCUAUGAACGAACUCAAAGAAAUAGAAGAAGAUCUAUUUGGUCACUUAAAGAAUGACAACAUUAUACCAAUAACCAAAAGACGGAAAAUACUAAGACGGCUUGAACGUAAAAAAGAGAAGUUAAUGUUGCAACAAAAGGAUCCAGGUAUUGACCCUAUAGCAGGACCGUCUCAAGUUAAACCAGGCAGUCUAUGGGAUGUUAAGGAAUUGCCAGAGAAAGUUCGACCUUCACAAUCUAGUAAUGAUAAUACUAUAGGGCCUAAGAAACGGACAAUGUACACAAUAAAGGAUGACAAAAUAGUCAGGUUAGAACCUGUACAGCAUCAGGAAGAAGCCCAGGAGUUUAGAGCGGUGGAUAUUGUGAUGCCAGUCAACGCUGCAGAAGAGCAGCUUCUCGAGGGUACCAAGAUGAGCUUGGAUGAUAUCAAGAAAAUUGACAGGUUUAAAGACUAUGAACCUGGGAUACCUUCCAAAGUCCUAUUCCUCAAGAACAUAUCUCCGUCAGUACCUCAAGAGCAGCUGUCACUGCUGUUCAACCAGUUCCAUUUGGAGAACGGCGGCCCGGUCGAGCUGCGGCUCAUGGCCGGCCGCAUGCGAGGACAGGCCUUUGUCACCUUCCUAAGCGAAGAUCUCGCCAUACAAGCAUUAGAAGAGGUUAAUGGUACUAUCAUGGGAGGGCGACCCAUCAUCGCGCAGUUUGGCAGAAACAGCAACCGCAUACAAAUGGAAGAGAAUAGAUAGAAAAAAAAACAUCACUUUUUUUUUUAAAUAAAUUUUUAUUUCUAAGUCCAACGCAUCAGACCUUCAUAUACUUUGACAUACAGGAUGUACCUAAUUGGUUAUUGAAAUCAAAACACUAAGGUUAAAUUCUAUAGAUCGGUCUUUGACUUUGCUCAAACUUAGGACUGUUAAAACGAGACAGCGUUAUAUCGCUGGCAUAUAUCGGUCUCGUUUUAUCAAACUUAAGACUGUUAAAACGAGACAGCGUUAUAUCGCUGGCAUAUAUCCGUCUCGUUUUAUCAAACUUAAGACUUAAAACGAGACAGCGUUAUAUCGCUGGCAUAAAUCGGUCUCGUUUUAUCAAACUUAAGACUUAAAACGAGACAGCGUUAUAUCGCUGGCAUAAAUCGGUCUCGUUUUAUCAAACUUAAGACUUAAAACGAGACAGCGUUAUAUCGCUGGCAUAAAUCGGUCUCGUUUUAACUGAAACUUAAGUCUAAGCAAAGUCAGUGCGCUCUGAUUUCAACCUCAAAGAAGUAGCGCUGCAGUCGUUCUUCCAAAGUAAAAUCAAGCUUAGUUUGAGUUGUAAAGGAGGAUUCACAACUGCGCACGCGCACGAACCGUGCACACUACGCGUAUUGAAUACCUAUGGACGCAUCACUCUAUGCACACGUUUAUGACGCGAAUGCGUAUUAUAUCAUGUUUGUUCUAACUCCCAAAAACUCACGCCGUGAUUUCUGGAACAUGCACGACAUUAUGCUCUUAUGUUGCGAGGUGUGUGCAAGAAUCGUGCGCGUGCGCAGGUGUGGAACGAACUUUAUCAAGCGCUUCUGGUCCACUUCACUCUACAGCUGUGCGUUGCACCUUAGUGUAUUCAUAAGUAAAUACAUAUUUUUAUUUAUUAAUUAAGUAAACUAAUAUAUUCUAAUUAGAUAAUAAUCUAGAUGUCCUGUAAAUAAACUAUGUGAUUAACAAAACCGUGUUUUUUAUUUACGAAUUUUUAUGGUAAAAGUAGGACUUUUAAUUAAUACAUGCAAGUGUAUAAGGAGCUGGCCAUUUACGUUUAAAACAAAAAAUAUAGAAGGUGCGUCCAGAUUAUAUAACAUGUUACAUAACUUAGGUGAUCGCCGCCAACGUCCGACAAUCGGUUACCGAUUUUUUUUGCCGGC